AUGGAUAAUUACAUUUGUUUUGUAAUAAAUUCCUUAACCACAGUUCACAGCUUUGCCAAGCAUGCAAGAGACCAGUAUGAAAAACUUUCCAACAUGUACAGCAAUAUGAUGAAGUUGUACAAAGGACUGGGUGACUACUUUGUCUUUGAUCCCAAAACUGUCAGCAUUGAUGACUUCUUCAUUGAUCUCAAAAACUUCAGGUCCAUGUUCCUGGAAGCACUGAAAGAAAACAUUAAGAAGAGGGAAAUGGAAGAAAAGAUCAAAAGAGCAAAGCUGGCGAAAGAGAAAGCAGAGAGGGAGAAGUUGGAACGGCAGCUAAAGAAGAAACAGUUGAUUGAUAUGAACAAAGAGGGUAAUGAAACAGGAGUGAUGGAUAGCCUGCUGGAGGCCUUGCAGUCAGGUGCUGCAUUCAGGGAUCGCAGGAAGCGCACACCAAGAAAUCUUGGUGAACAAGGUCCAGCUAGUCCAACAUCCCGAUGGCCUGUUGACAAGGAAAAUAGGCGCAUUACUUUGGAGAGGUCACGUUCACGACACAAUGGAAAUACAACGUUUGCAUGAUCCCAAGGUGCUAAAGGACUGAAGUUUGAAGAUUAUUUUCUACCAAUCCUUGGGCAUCAGAGCAACUCAAAAAUUUAGUGCAGACAAUUAUCCGUGGACGCUGAGACAGGAGAUCCAAAGGAAUCAUGAAAACAUUGUAUCUGAAAAUGCACAAAGUUGAGCAUUCUCUUCUGUCACUUCAGAAACUUUUAACUUUUAUAUUGCGACUAACUGACCUGAAAUUGCGAACAGGUAACUUUGUCCAUUGUGUUCUGAAACUCAUUUCAAUUUUUUGUGUAUAAAAAAAAAUUCAAAUGCUUGGGAUCCCAAUUUAGUGUGAUUCAGAUUCUUUUCCGUUUGUACGUUAGAGUGUGUAUUUUACAUGAGUUAGUUCAAAGUUAUUCUGCUUUGGGGUCAUGGAAUGUUACCAAAAUAACCAAAGUCUGAACACACUCAGCAUAUCAACUGUGGCAAAAUAGUCCUCUCUUGCUCUGUCGUCUUUCAGGAGGAUUUAUUUUACAUUUCUAUUUUCCCUAAAAGAAGUAUUUUUCUUGAGCAAAAAUAUUUUCUAAUUAUGCACUUGUAUGUACUUUAUAUGCAUAUUUUCAGGAAACAAAAUGAUGAAUGCAGCAUUCUUAUUUUGUCACUGCCUAUCACAAGACUGACAUCUGUUAAGUAGUGUCUGUAUUACAUGAUUUCUUAAGUCACAUGCAAAAUACAUUAAGCAUGAGUUGUUUUAAUAUCACAUAGUUAUUGCACAGUGUGCUUUGCUGCAGUGAAAGUUUAUUCGUAUCCACAUUGUGCAAUAGCAAUGUUGCAACACUCAUACUUAUUUUAUAGAAAUUAUGAUUUUGGAAAUUGCAUCAUAAAAUGCAUUCCAUUUAAACAUGUUUUAAGUAUUAUAAGCAGAUCUCAGCAGCAGUUGAGAUGUGUGUUUAAAUGAUCAGAUGAAUGCAAUACUCAUUUUAACCUUCAUAACCAGCUUAUAUGUUAGCAAAUAUCUUCACUUCAUAUAACAAUUACAAAUAGUCAACCAAGUCCCAAAUCCAUUAAAUAUAAAGUAAAGAUAUGUUGUAAAUGAAUUUGCAAAUACUUAACAGAGUUGCUUGUCUUAUAUAAAUGAAAAUAGAAUGUAUAUCAGCACAAUGCCUUUAAUGUUUAAAAUAAAAUUGAUAUUAUCAAGAUUGUUGUCAUUUAAAGUAUUUCUAGUAUUCACACAGCACCUGCUUUCUUCUCAAUUCAAAGUACUUUAUAAAACCACAAGUGAAUUCUACUGCUGAGAAAGCAAGCCUUCAUCUUGCAGACAUCUCGAAUGGUCCCAUUGUUUCUGACUGACCUUUUUUGCCCUACAUUGCUGCUGCGUUUGUUUUCAGGCCAAUAGACCAGACAUGCCCUUUUGUUGCUGGAACUAUUCAAUUCAUAUUCUAAUUAUGCAAGAGACUGGUCUACUUCCUACCACAGAUGUUGUCUGGGUAAUGUUUAGAGUGAUGGUUAACUCUUUCAUUGAUAUUACUUUUGCCCCAAGGCAAAGAACUGAAGUGGUAACUUUAAACCUUUAUUUCACAAUAUCUUUGUUUUUACGAAAUUCUUCUUGUCACUCGAUUGUCAUUGACUGUACUUCUUUUCUGUUUAAAUGCUGUGAUUCAAUGUUUGGGAUAUUAUUUUGCCGCGGAGUCAUUCUUAGAAUUACACAAAAGAAAUAAGACUUUCUACCAGUCUGCUGUGGUUUUCUGUCUCUAGAGUUUAUUGUCCAAUGUAUGUAUGUCCUUCUGUUUAAAAGCAUCAGAAAGAUGUGUACAGUUUAGUUCCAAACGCCAGAGGAAACUAUGCCUUUGAGAGAUUUCAACUCUGGAGACAGCUGGACAAAUGGUAAUGACAGAAUAUAUAAUGGUAAGUAAAAGUCCUCAAAUAGGUAGCCAAUUACAUAAAUUGAACUGGAAUUACCCCUGCAAAUUAGACAAAGAGUCAAGCAGAGAUUGGAGAAAAAUCAUGAUGUUAGCUGAUAACACUAGAUUCCUCUGCACUCACAGUAAGAAUCAACUGACAUUGUGAAGAUUUGUAGGGGACGGAUGAACUUAUGAUUAAAUUGAUUCUGGAAUUAAUCAGGCAUUAUAGAACUCAAAUAUGGUAUGAAAAAGUAACAUCAAUUUUAAGGAAUAGUUGUACUUUUUAAAAAAAAAAGUGAGCAAGCUACGUAGCAAAGCCUUUGAACUACGUGACAAAACUACUCAACAAGAUUUCGUGAGUUCUUGCCUUUUAAGAGUAUCAUAGAAAAGUUAAGUGAACUCUUUCCUACUUUUGUGCUUUUACAAGCCGCUUGUUACCAUAGAUCCUCCUCCAGCUAGAAUCAUAAGAUGGUCAAGGCCACACACUUCCCCUGAUACUGAUAGUGAUAUUUAAGCAUGAUUUGUCAACAAAAAAGUACGCGCAUGAGGAAACUUAAAGUUUUUGUCGAGUUCUUUAGCUAAAAAAAACUAAAACUGGCCCAAAUAAGGUUGAGAUACAAAUAAAGAUCAAAUCUAGUAUUUAUUAUGUAAAAUUUUAUGAUGGAAGCAAAUUUUCUGUCUUAAACCAGAAAAUUUUGCUUCCAUCAUAGGUAACGUCCAUGAUAAUGACAGGGCUUUCAACAUUUCAGUGCAAAAGAUAAAGCUGAAGCAUUCACAGCAAUCUUCAGCCAGAAGUGCUGAAUGGAUGAUCCAUCUUGGCUUCCUCCAAUGGUCCCCAGCAUUACAGAUACCAGUCUUCAGCUAAUUUGAUUCACUCCACGUGGUAUCAAGGAGUUGUUAGAGACAUUGGACACUGCAAAGUCUACGAGCCCUGACAACAUUCUGGCAAUAGUACUGAAAGCUUGUGCUGCAGAAUUUGCCGCUCCCCUAGCCAAGCUGUUCCUGUACAGUUACAACACUGGCUUCUACCCAACAGUGUGGAAAAUUGCCCAGCUAUGUCCAAUACAUAAAAAGCAGGACAAAUCUAAUCUGGACAAUUACUGCCCCAUCAGUCUACUCUCAAUCGUCAGUGAAGUGAUGGAAGGUGUCAUCAACAAUGCUAUCAAGCAGCACCUGCUCAGCAAUAACCUGCUCAGUGACGCCCUGUUUGGGCUCCGCAAGAGCCACUCAGUUCCUGACCUCAUUACAACCUUAGUUCAAAUAUGGACAAAAGAGCUGAAUUCCAGAAGUGAGGUGAGAGUGAUAGCCUUUGACAUCAAGGCUGCAUUUGACUGUAUGUGGCAUCGAGGAGCCUAGCAAAAUUGGAGUUAGUGGGUAUAAGGGGCAAACUCUGCGCUGGUUGGAGUCAUAGCUGGCAUAUAGGAAGAUGGUUGUGAUUGUCAGAGGUCAGUCAUCUCAGCUCCGGGACAUUUCUGCAGGAGUUCCUCAGGGUAAUGUCUUAGGCCUAACCAUUUUCUGCUUUACCAAUGACUUUCGCUCCAUCAUAAGGUCAGAGUGGGGAUGUUUACUGAUGAUUGCACAAUGUUGACCACCAUUGGCAGCUCCUCAGAUACUGAAGCAGUCCUGUUCCUGCAACAAAAACAAAGUUGCUGGAAAAGCUCCGCAGGUCUGGCAGCAUCUGUGAAGGAAAAGACAGAGUUAACGUUUUGAGUCCAAUGACCCUUCCUCAGAUGCAACAAGACCUGUUCAAAUGCAACAAGAUCUGGACAAUGUCCAGGCUUGGGUUUCAAAGUAGCAAGUAACAUUCACAUCACUCAAAUGCCAGGCAAUAACCAUCGCCAAUAAGACACAGUCUAACCACCACUCCUUAUUAUUCAAUGGUGUUAACAUCACUGAAUCCCCCACUAUCAACAUCCUGGGAGUUACCAUUGACUAGAAACUCAACUGGACUCACCACAUAAACACAGUGGCUACAAAACCGGUCAGAGGCCAGGAAUACUCCGGCAAGUAACUCACUUCCUGACUCCCCAAAACCUGUCCACCAUCUACAAGGCACAAGUCGGGAGUGUAAUGGAAUACUCUCCACUUGCCUGGAUGGGUGCAGUUGCAACAACAUUCAAGAAGCUUGUCACUGGCCUGGACAAAGUUUGAUUAGCAUUACAUCCACAAGCAUCCAUUCCCUCCACCCUUGACGCUCAAUAGCAUCAGUGUGUACUACCUACAAGAUGCACUGCAGAAAUUUGCCAACAAUCCUCAGACAGCACGUUCCAAACCCACGACCACUUCCAUCCAGAAGGAUAAAAGCAGCAGAUAGAUUGGAACACCACCACCUGCAAGUUGCCCACCAAGCCUCUCAGCAUCCUGACUUGGGGGAAUAUAUCGCUAUUCCUUCACUGCCACUGGGUCAAAAUCCUGGAAUUCUGUCCCUAAUGACAUUUUGGGUCAAACCACAGCAGAUGGACCGCAACAGUUUGAGAAGGCAGCUCACCAACACCUCCUUAAGGGCAACUACGGACAGGCAAUACAUGCUGGCCAGCUACAACCAUGUUCUGCAAGUGAAUAAUUAAAAAAAAACACAACGCACAUGGUAAUUUCAUUAAAUAUUGUUUCAAACAUGUUUAAAUUUCUAAAUUUGGCUAUUUAUUUUAUAAUGAAUUGGUUACGUACCUUCUUGAUGUACAAGCAAGCAAAUCACCUUAAUCACAUGGCCUUGAUGUCAAAUCAGAGAAAAUCUGUACUUGAGAGAGAAUAGUAUUGAAAUUAUUUUGAACUUGCACAUAACUCCAUUUCUGGACUAUUACCUACAGAUAAUUCCACUAGCUAAUUUUUCCAGUGCAUUGUAUGGGAAUUCCUUAACUUAAUGAAAGAAGAAACAAAUUAUUGAAUUUCUAGAGCACUUUAUCAACCUCUGAAUGUCACAAAUUGCUUAAUGAUGUUGUGUCAUUAAUUUGGGAUUAGUUGCAGAGGAAACUGGUUUCUGGAACAGCCCCAGCAUAAAAUCAUCACAGUUUUCCAGUGUGCUAUAUUUCCAGUCUAUCUCCUUUACUGUUUACUUUCUGUUAAUUGUAUUUGGCUGAGUCAUGUAUCUUUUGCAUUGAUGAACAUUCAUCAAUUGUGCUGUGAUGUCACUUUUACUAUUUGUAAAGAUAUUAAUUGGGUCUUUAAAAAAUAUUUUUAGAAUUACCUGGAGUUUUUGUAUGUGAUUGAAAUCCAUGUGUUUUUGUAGGUCGUUUUAUUAAUUUUAAUCUUUGAUCAUUUGUACAAAAGGAUCUAUUUGGAAACUACUUGCUGGAUCUACACAUUAAAUUGUACAUGUUACAGUGAAUCCCUGUGUACUUCAAAAACUUUUAUUGACAUAACCAGAAUAAAUAAAAUAAACAUAACAUGCAAAUUUUUAAAAAUGUGGUGUGAAUGUGCAUUUCAAUCAAACAUUAGAAAUUGUUGAUAAUUCUCAUAUCUCUUGUUUUACACUGAACCAGUCAGUACUCCUGAAAAUUCCAGGAGAAGCAAUGAAGUGAAGUCCUUGCAAGUUGUGAGGUUAGAUUUUUAGACGCAAGACAUGAGUAUACGUGUUUACAAAGUACGUACGUUUAAGAAGUAUAUAUUUGCUAAUGUUCA